UCACAGUGCUGCUUACCUGUGCGCCAAAACGCCGAUUCUGCCUCACUUGGACCGCUCGCGAUGGAGAAAAUCAGAUGAAAUAUGAUGAGGAUAUUAUUUUUCUGUGUAUCGACGAAGGGAAGAAACAGCAGAGCUGAGCCGAGACUAAGUUUCUCCAACCAGGGUGCUUUUAUUCCUAAAAGAAAAUAACAACAGCAGCAGCUCCAAGGACAAACAGGUUUUUUCAACACAUCACCAUCCCACCAUGUGCUAAUCUUCUCAGCGUUACCCAAAAGAUAGUGAACACUUUGAGCUGCUGACCUCAUCAACAGUCUUGCACCUACACCAGCUUCCCUAAUGGCCCACCCUUACGAGCCUUGGUUACGGACAGCACCACCAAGUGGCAGCUCAGAAGACAUGAACAUCCCCUCCUGGUGGGACCUCCACAGGGACGUCCAACCAGGGAGCUGGAUAGACCUGCAGACGGGGCAGGGUGUCGGCUUGCCUCCAGUGAGUCCAGGGAGCUCCAUGGGGUUGCAGCACUCUUUAGGGCCCUACGGAUCUGACCCGCAGCUGUGCACCCUGCCUCCAGCUCAACUCGCUCCAGCCUCGCACUCAUCUCACCUCUUCCCUCAGGAUGGCUUCAAGAUGGAGCCACUGGGCCCUGAAAUGCUACAGCAAGAACCGUUCUCCUUAGAGGAACCACAGGAGAGCACUGUCUCAGCCCGGCCCAAGCCGCAGCGCCGAUCCUCUUCCAGAGGUGCUGGUCAGGCUGCAUGUCGCUGCCCUAACUGCGUCCAUGCUGAACAGCUGGGCCAGAGCACUGAUGACAGCAGGAGGAAGCACAUGCACAACUGCCACAUCCCUGGCUGCGGUAAGGCCUACGCCAAGACCUCCCACCUGAAGGCUCACCUACGAUGGCACAGCGGGGACCGGCCGUUUGUCUGCAACUGGCUUUUCUGUGGCAAGAGGUUCACACGCUCUGAUGAACUGCAGCGCCACCUUCAGACCCACACUGGUGCUAAAAAGUUUAGCUGCGCAUUGUGCCCUAGAGUGUUUAUGCGCAAUGACCACCUGGCCAAGCACAUGCGCACACAUGAGUCCCCACCAGGACAUGGGGAGGAGAGGGUGAACGGAGACGGGAGGAUGGAUAAGGGCUUUGAUACACCAACACCUCCUCAGUCAUCCUCCAAUGUGUCUGCCUCUGACACCACAGAGCCUCCGCUGAAGCUGAAAUGUGAGACAGACCCCUCGGUCUCCAGCGUGACAGGGCAGUCCGGCUAAUUUCAUCACUCUCAGAAGAAUUUUCUGCAGUUAAAGGUUGACAUAUCUCUGUCAUAGAGGUGUCAUAGUUUUACGAUAGAAUAGAGAAUAGAAAAAAGGUUUGGUGAAACAUGUACGGAUAAAAGUUGGAUGGAACAGGAAGUGUUUGUCCGUGGUCCUGUGAAUUUAUCAACUGGGAUAACUCAGUGAUAAUCUAAAUAUUAUAACACACAGACAAAAAAAAAACAGGAAUUUUAUUAAUUCUGUGGAUAAAACAUUCCUCUGUUUACUUAAAGUGAAAGGUGGCUAAGGAGGCAACCGAGCUAAAGCUACAGCUUGUUGCUGGACUUCCAUUGCUGCUAGAGCUACUACGACCAGUAGACCAAGAGCCUGGGACGAGAUUAACUGAAGGUGGUUUGUUAACUUGUUUACAACGAAAAAUGAAUCAAAUGUGUUACUGCAGGAGUUGGAGAAACGUUUGUCUCUAACACAGUUUAAUAUACCUGUUUCAAAGGCAGCGUGCUUUUGAACAGAGAAAGGGAGACAGUUUUGUUUUUGUCUCAGACUGUCACCAUACGUGUGUAGCCUACUGUGCAAGUUGUGAUAAGACACUGGAAUAUAAAACAGCCUUUUGUCAUUUUGAAAAGGUCAGUCGCAGUUUGGAUGGUUGACAGUACAUGCCACAAACUGGGUGUGUGUGUUUAGUUGGUAUGUAAGUAAUUAAAAUGUUACAGAAAGAAAUGAAAGUACGACACACAGUAACACCGUGCUGUGGCAGCAUGCUAUGAUGUUGAUAAUGAUAUUAUAUUAUAUAGUAUAAUAUAAGAAAUGGGAAAACCAUGCACUACAAAGGCACCAAAAAUGGUGUGUUGCUGUUGCCACUGAUGGCAAAACACUUAUUAAUGCUUAUAAUUAUACAGUAGGAGAAUGUGAACUGUGGUUCAGGCUACUGGAUGCAAAAAACCAUUAAGUGUGACAAUGGUGUGAAAAAGUAACGAUCACAUCUAACUGAACCUGAACAAUGAAAAGUAGUCAGAGCCGCUGAGGACAGUGAUGCCCUCCAGUCCUGGGAGGUGAGAACAAGAAGGUAAAGCUGAGCUUCAUGAUCACCAAAGACAUGGAGAGAAAAUGCUGCCUGGACAAAUGAAUAAAGUGUCUGAUGCUACAUGCUGAUGACAAACAAUCAUAUCUGGUAUAAACACGACCCAACAGGUCCACCCUGUCGACACUACAGCCUGCUGGUGUUGGGUGAAACUUAGUGAGGUAGUUUACUCCUGUGGACUCUGCGGUCCAAAGAUUUGAAGCUGCAAUAAUCAUUUUUUUUUAUAUUAGCAAUGGAUCAAACUACUCACUCAUAGUGAUGAUCUCACAGAGAAUUAUCGAUCAACUCUGCAGUAUAUGAUAUGUUUCAGCAAAUUUCAACUCAUAGUUUUCUGGCCCACAACUCUACUGUUUCGGUUUGGUCUCACGACUCUCAUCAACAUCGACAUCUUUAAAGGUCCAGUCUGUCAGAUUUUAGGGGAUAUAUCGGCAGAAAUGAAAUAUAGUACGUUUUCUUUAGUGUAUAAUCACCUGGAGAUAUGUAUCGUGUUUUUGUUUUCUUAGAAUGAGCCAUUCAAAUCUACACAGGGAGCAGGUCCUUUUCUACGUGGAGUCUGCCAUGUUGCACUGCUAUGUAGUAGAGUGGACAAACCAAACACUGGCUCUAGAUAGGGCCAUUCCAGUUUUCGCACCAGCCACCGUAGUUAGCAGCCCCUCAGUGACGAGCAGUGUCGGAAAUACACUGAUUUUUUUAAAAUGUGAAACUGCUUUAUUCAGAGUUUUUACUGGUUUAAACCACCAGUUGUUUUGAAGAGGAAGAGACCUCUGUAGGUAAUUCGACUCAUGGUAAAACCUCCGUGAACGUCCAGAUCUUAAGUUAUCAAAGAAAAAGGUGAGCACGCAUUAGCAGGUGCCUAUCUUAGAUAGCUGAACUGCAUCUGAGAAUCACUGAUUUGUAACGUGAAACUGCUUUAUUCAGAGUUUUUACUAGUUUUUGUCACUAGGUUUGUUUUGGAGAAUAAGAAUUCUCUGCAGAUAAUUCAGCUCCCGGUAAAAACUUCCCGAACAUCGAACACUGAAGGAAUUUCAACUGGGAGAAGUUUCAGCUGGCUGCAGUAUGCAAACAUCACCACCAGACAAUGUCAGAAAUUAGCAAGGGCCAUGGGCCAUUUGGCCCGCAAUUUAUCCAAAAAUGCCCCCAAAAGCCAUGUUCCAGGGGCCAAAAUUGCCCCCAAGUUUUCGAAACAACUAUAUGUAUUUAUAUUUUUAACAGUAUUACAAUCUGACAUUAAAUUAUAAUUUUAUUUUCAUUAAAUUAAUUUACCGUCACACAUUUUCCAGACAUAAUCAACGAGAUUGCACUGAUUAUGUGAGAGUAAUCUGACAGAGAAGGGGAGGGGGCUUUGCUGUACCAUAAGUAUAAAUUAACCAUUUCUUGGGUGAUCUGUGUCUACACAAUGACAAAUUAAUGAAAAAUUAAGGUAGAAUGAAUGUUAAAUUUUAAAUUAACUCACUUCCAGGAUUGCAUCUAAGGAAUUUAUAGUAAUUUGGCCUUUUUAACAGUAAAAGUAACUGUAAUGUGGUGAAACAUUAGUACUGCUAUCAGUAGAUUAAUGGUUAAAUCAUCACAUUUAAACUGGUUGAAUUAUAGGAAAUCUGAGUGAUAUUUUGCAACCAUAACUUUAUGUAACCCAUUAUUUAUUUCAUUUAUAAGGGUUUCUACUGAAGAGUGAAGACACUAUCUUAGUUGGUUUUGCUUUUCGUGUGCUUACUGUUAGAACAUAAUUACAAUUUUUUUGAUGGCCCCCAAACAUUUUGAAAAUGCCCCCAUUUUUUAGACUGUGGGGGCCAAAAUUGACCCCAAAAUAUUUUGUUAAUUUCAUACCCUGCCACCAGAUGCCACAAAAACCCCCUAAAUCUUACACACUUGUUCUUUAAGCCUGAUUUAUGAAAGGGUGCUUGACACUUUUGAUAAGCGUCACUUGACAGAAAUUAUAGAGCUGCACAACGUUGGCGAAAGGGUUCAGUUGCUAUCCUACAGCUGACUUCUUUAGUUACAUUAGACAUUAGUUACAUUUAGAUUACAUCCCGAUCAUUAUAUGUAUCCUACUUUUGCAUUCUGAUAAUGGAGGGAUUGGAUGAAAUCUGUGAGUGUGAAGAGGAAGAGAUUAUAAACUUCCUUCCACUGAGCAGAUAACGGGAGCACAAGAAAAGGAGGUGAUCAGUGCAGGACAUGGACGAGGAGAUUCGUGACUACGAAAUCACAUUGCACGACAAAAUAUGAUGUCAGCGAUUCAACAAAAUUGUCCAGGUGCACACCAUGAAAGGAAAGUGUCCACCGACACUUUAUUCUGUUAAAAAAUACCUCAUUUCUGUCAAGCAACACUUCUAAAAAGUGUAGAGCACCCUAUCCUAAAUCAUACUAUAUGCCAGUGUUGUAUGUACAGUUCUUUCUGCUGCCCUCUGCUGCCAAAAGUUGCGUACAGCUUUUCAUAUCAUAAAUGUGCAGCAGAAAAUAUUCUAGGUACGUCCCUUAAAUCCAUACCUCAGACGGUUCAGGCAGUGGUGGACGCAGAAGGUUGUCCUGCCAACACUAUCCAGGUGUACCUCAUUAAGUAGGUUAAUACAGUUCUUCCAAAUAUCAUCAGCUCGAUAACCAUUUGCGUGUUGGAUCAGGCCAUCGUCCCAAUCAUCAACAAACAUGGUGUGAAGGGCUUAUCUCUCAACACAUUUUAUUAAGAGCUGUAGGUGUGUCUGCAGUUUUUCCAAGUUCACUGACAACUUGUCUAACAAAACAUUUUUUUCCACCCAUUUGACUCUGAAUCACGUGCAGAGAGCGACUGCGUCAGCAGUCUAGUCUAGUUCAUGAAAUAAAACGCAGUUGAACAACACAAGCAUCAGAAUUUAUUUAGGUUACUUGUUUGGAAUAGUUUCAUAAUCAAUAAUAUGUGAUCAAUAGUUCUGUAGCAAGCAGUAUGAGCAGCUUCACAGUUUAAAACCUUUAGGAUGUAUGUAACCCAUCACAGGCAUUAGGCUGAGACUUCUAUAUGUUAGGGAGCUUGCAUUACUGGAGGCUCACGAUUGCUGUAUUUAUGUAUAGAAGAUAAGAAAUGGAAGACCGUGCUUAAACAGUCAAUUAUUGUGUAUUGACUAUUAUUAUUAUUAUUUUCUGUUGAUGUCAGUUUUGAUAGCCUUCCUUUAUGUUGGUCAGUAGAACAAGAUGAACAACUUUUGUUUUAAUUGGUUGCUGUAGAAAAUGUUUUAGUCGACUGUAAGAAAACAAGUUCUAAAACUUUUAAUAAGUUAAUUAUC